CUAGAAGACCAUGUUCCGUUCAAUGUUCCGUUUUAAUGUGUGCGCCAUGCGUAUUUGGCGUGUAUUUGGCGGGAACACCGCACAAGUUGUAUAACGCUACUCCAAUUUACUUAUUGUUAAAUUAUUGAAUACGCCAGAUUAAUCGUUAGAUUGACAGGAUCGCAUAUAAAGCCAUGGAUGAAUCAAGUAGCUCGUUGGAUUUCUCAUUACACAAUGCAAACCCCCAGGAUUUUACUUUGGAAGAUACGUUGGGAGUAUUGAUGGAUUUGAAAUCGGAACGAGAUCAGGAAUUAGAACAAUUGUACGAUGUGCAAAUAAAUAACAAGCUUUUCGAUUCGAUCGAUGAAUCGAGAAUCUCAGAAAAACGCCGUCAAUACGUAUCGAGUUUCAUAAAACAGAUAUCCAAUGAUAAACCUGACGAUUAUCCCAUUCCAAAUACUUUGGAUAUGGUUUCAACCACUGUUGCAGCAUUAACUCAAGAAGUCCAGAAUGCGCAAGAACAAGUUAAAAUUCUCACUGAAAACCUAGAACGUACGGAGAAAGAAAUUAGCCGAUUGAAGGAAAAGAAGCAAGGUAUUGAAAAAAUGAAAAAUUCCUGUUUAGCAGCCAAUAACAUCAUAGCCAGUAAAACUUGGGCAGAAGAACUUCGUAUAACACAGCAGAUAUUUAAGGAAGUUAAACAGGAAACGCAACAAGUCGUAGCAGAGAUCUUUCCAGAUAAUGACCAUGUGAAGAAUUUUUUAGCAGAAUUGUGUUCUGCGUAUUUUUCCAGCGGUGACAACGUAUAUGUAGAUUUAUUACCUGAAGUUGCAGAUGCGGCUAAUUUUCUGCUUGAAGCAGAUUUAAUUGUACGUCAUCGAUAUGAUGAAAAUAAAGUUAGGCUUAUUGACCUGUAUGUGAUCUUAAAUUAUUUUCAUCUUCGAUUAACCCCUGAUACAUUGGUAUAUAUUCCAACUCAACACAAAAGUUUAAAUACAAAAUUUUCGCUUAACUCAAAUGGCCAGUAA